UUGGCGGGCUCAAAGCUUGCGUGGGGAUUCGACCGCUCCGGACGCCACAGUGGCCGCUCUAGCCGCUGUCCCAUGGUUUGGCCUGGCUUUUUCGGCUGCGCGGUCUGUAUGGUGCUGGCGACAUGUGGCGCCUGACGAGUCUCCUGAGCCGAGCUCUUCCCCGUCUAUUGGGACCUGACCUCCGAGGUGUGACCCUCAAGACCAACAGUCCAGAUGUGCCUCAGACAACGUCCUCCACCUUGCUGAUCCCUUUGCCCAACCUUGACAGGUUAGGCCACCAUGGCCCAGGUACUAGAAGGGGCCCAAAGUCCCAUGGAUGGAAGGAUGCCUUUCAGUGGAUGUCUGCUCGUGUCUCCCCAAACACCUUGUGGGAUGCCAUAUCAUGGGGCACUCUGGCCGUGCUGGCACUGCAGCUGGCGAGGCAGAUCCACUUUCAGGCAUCCCUGCCAGCAGGACCUCGACAAGCAGAACACUGCUCUUGGCGCAGUCCCCUGGACCGUUUCCUCUCUCCUCCCUGGCGGCACCCACACUCCUCACUACGAAGACACGUUCUCCCUGACUCUGAUGGCCCAAUUCCCAGGCAUAUUGGCCUCAGGAAACCAAGGCUGGGCCAGGAAGAACUCUCGGCUCAGUCCAGGAACUUCUCCUUGCCUAGCUCCUUGAGAGCAACUGGUCUUCAGGAGCCUCCUGAGGAAGGUCCCAGUGAGUUUGGCUUCCUGCAUGACAGCAGUAGCUUUGAGCCUAAGACAAAGCCAGCCCAGCCUCAGCCCCCUGGUGAAAAGAAGGAAGAAGAUAAGUCAAAACCUCUCCCCCUCGAGGAGGCUGUGACUUCCAUUCAGCACCUCUUCCAGCUCAGUGUUUCCAUCGCUUUCAACUUCCUGGGGACAGAGAACAUGAAGAACAGGGACUACACAGCAGCCUUUUCUUACUUCCAGAAAGCUGCAGACCGUGGUUAUAGCAAAGCACAGUACAACGUGGGCUUGUGUCACGAGCAUGGCAGAGGCACCCCCAGGAACCUCAAAAAGGCAAUCCUUUAUUACCAACUGGCUGCCAGCCAGGGCCACAGCCUGGCUCAGUACCGCUAUGCCAGAUGCCUACUGCAAGACCCAGCCUCCUCACAUAACCCUCAGUGGCAGAGGGCAGUGUCCAUGCUGAAGCAAGCUGCAGACUUGGGCUUGAGAGAGGCCCAGGCUUUCCUCGGGGUGCUUUUCACCAAGGAGCCGCACCUAAAUGAACAGGGAGCUGUGAAAUAUCUUUGGCUUGCAGCCAACAAUGGGGACUCACAGAGCAGGUACCACUUGGGAAUUUGCUAUGAGAAGGGCCUUGGUGUGCAGAGGAAUCUGGGAGAUGCCAUGAGAUGUUACCAACUGUCAGCGGCUCUGGGAAAUGAACCUGCCCAGGAGAGGCUGCGCACCCUCUUUUCCAUGGAGGCAACAGCCGCAGGGACCAGCCACCUGGCAGUUACAGGAUUGAAGUCUUUCUCCAGCCCCUCCCUCCGCAGCCUGAAUACUCUGCUGGCAGGUGCCUCAGGCCUCCCUCAUGCCUCCAGCACAGGGAACCUUGGCCUCCUCUGCAGAAGUGGACAUCUUGGAGCCAGCCAUGGAACCCCCAGCAGGGCUAUCCCCUCCUUGGAAAGCAGUCUCGUAAGAUUGGGUUUUGGCUAAGUUUGGGCAGAAGGAGUUUAUUGCCUAACUGCCUGCAUGGAUCUGCUUGGCUUCUUCAGUUCUCACCUAAACCCUGAGAGGGAACCUGUGAAUGCUCAGAGAUAUCACAUUGGAGUCCCAAAGAAGAGGCCAGUUAUUCACUUAUCUUCCUUCAAACCCCAGCACCUCCCCAACACCAUAAGAAGAGGAAAGUGUGAGAAGAAGCCAGCUUCUGACUCAGCCGGCUUGCUUGGCCAUAUCCUCUUAAAGCAGUGAGCUGACUUGCUGAUAUUGUUUCUUCAGUUGUAGAGCAAGGGCCAUGGUAUGUUUCCUCCUGCCUCCUACCUUACAGCUCUGAAGCACAGGCAUUUCACUGCAGAAAGGACCUGGGUGCUUGCUGAGGCUCUGAGGCAGUGAUGCUGGUGGUUGAGUGUCUUUAUGCGUCACCAGGCCAGUAUGAGGACCUGGCCUUCUGACUCCCAGCCCAGCCUUACAUUCUGCUAGUCUGCACUGUCAUUUUAUGUGAAAGCAUUAUUAUGGUCCUAUUGUCGUGAGGGAGUAAAUGGAGAUUGGGUACUUGGAGCUGGAGAGUAUAGAUUGUGAGUCCUCCAUUGGGAAAGGUGAGCCAGAAAUAUAUGGGUGCUUAAUAAAGCAGAUGGUGGAUUAUCUCA